AUGGAGCGAGUUAAGGAGGAAAAAAGGGAAGGGAGAGAUGAAUUUGAGAUGGAAGUGCAUAAAGAACUUCAUGAACUCUCAGCUGAUAUCAUGUCACGUACAGCUUUUGGAAGCAAUUUUGAAGAAGGAAAACGUAUUUUUAAGUUACAAGAACAGCAAGUUCAGCUUUUCAUUGAAGCUCAAAGGGGUGUCUAUUUUCCAGGGUUCAGGUUCUGGCCUACGAAGAAAAGCAGAGAGAGGUGGAGACUGGACAUGGAAACUCAUGAAUCAAUAAUGAUGCUGAUCAAGAAAAAUGGCUUAGCAAGAGAAAAUUCGAAUAAUCUACUUAGUCUAUUACUGUCAUCCUGUAAUAAUAAAGAGAAUCAAGAGGAGGGUUUAGGGGUAGAAGAAGUUGUAGAUGAAUGCCAGACCUUUUAUUUUGCAGGAAAGGAAACAACUGCUAAUCUUUUGACUUGGGCACUUCUACUUCUAGCACAGCAUCAAAGAAUGGCAAACCAGAGCAAGGGAAGAAGUGAUUGGCGUCUGAAGAGACAAAGGGCUGGUUGCAGAGGACUUAACUGA